CUCUAAAUUUAUUUAAUCGACAUAAGUUACAGAAGACAUAACAUCUGAUUCUUUGUACUAUCGGUAUUUCAGAACAUGAGACAUAAAAUCUUAGGAUGAUAAAUCUAUUCUAUAUCUUGUUUAUGGUUAUAUAGCCCGUCUUAAAUUAAACAAUAUUAAUAAAAGGAACACUUUGAAAAUGAGUGAAAGUGAAAAUUUUAUUAAAAAAGGCACUACUCUUUUUACUGCUAAACCAUUUGCUUAUGUUCUUUAUUCAAAAUAUAGAAAUGAACGAUGUGAUUAUUGUUUUAAAAGUGGAAAACUUUUUAGAUGUUCUGUUUGUAAGUGUAUUUAUUACUGUAAUCAAUCUUGUCAACAAAUGUCUUGGACUAUACAUAGUAAAGAAUGUGCAAGCUUAAAAAGAUUUUCAUCAAAAGUUAUACCAGAUGUUGCAAGACUAAUGGCACGUAUAAUUAUAAAAUUAAAUCAAGGUGGAGGUGAAGAAAUAGGAUAUUAUAGUAAAACUAAAUAUAGGAAAUUUAAGGACUUAAUGUCUCAUUAUUCUGAUAUAAAAAAAGAUGAAAAAAAAAUGGAACAUUUUGUAUGUGUAUGUGGUGUUUUAUAUGAAUUUCUUGGAGAUAUGUCUAUACCAAAUUCUGCAGAAUUAAUGGGUAUUUAUGGCAGAAUUUAUAUUAAUUCUUUUAAUAUAUCUGAUUUGGAUAUGAAUAAUAUUGGUGCUGGUAUUUAUUUGGGACCUUCUAUUUUGGACCAUAGUUGCAAACCUAAUGCUGUAGCAACCUUUGAGGGGACAACUAUAAUUAUUAGAACAACAGAAGAUCUUCCUUAUUUAGAUUUAUCUCAGAUAAGAAUAUCAUACAUUGAUGUAAUUAAAACAACAAAAGACAGACGUGAAGAACUACAAAGUUCAUAUUAUUUUUGGUGUAAGUGUAAAAAAUGUGAAGAAUCAGAACCAAUGGUGGAAGCAGCAGCAUGUCCAAAUAAAUUUUGUACAUAUCCUUGUUCUCUUGAUGCUGAUAUGUGUGAAAAUUGUAAUACAAAAUUUCCUGAAAAUUUUAAGGAGACUUUUUAUGAAAUAUCUGACUUGACUGCAUAUCAUUUACAAAACAUGAAAAAUAUUGCCUAUUUGGAUGUAAGCACAAUGUGUCUCAAAAAACAAGAAGGUGUUUUACAUCCCCUCAAUAUACAGCAUGUACAAACUUUACAAAGUGCUUUUGACUCCUCUCUAACUUUGCAACAUUGGGAGGAAGCUGAAUCUUAUGCUAUGAGACUUAUUAAUGGCUAUUUGACAUAUUAUGGAGAAUUUCAUCCAUCAACUGGAAUAUUAUAUUUAUCAAUAGGAAAACUUCAGGUAUAUUUAAAAAAACUAAAACAAGCUAUUGAAACAUUAAGAAAAGCUAGUGCAAUAUUAACAAUAACACAUGGAGAACAACAUACUGUAAUUGAACAUAAUUUGAAACCACUUCUUUAUCAAGCCACUGUAGAAGAAUUCAAUGAAUCAUAACAUUUCUUAUAAACAAUUUAUAAUUGUAUGUAAUUUGCUAAUAGUGUAUAAUUUAUAAUAAAUAAUUUUAGUAUAUAUAA